UUUUGACACAUCUGGGUGUGGGAAAACUUUGAUAGAUACGCACACAAAGAAGCCCCUUUCGUCUUCCUAGCUCGUGAAUUUUUUUCCUUCAAUUUGUUGGCGGAAUUAACGGCGGUUUUUCGGUGGUGGUGCCACUGGUGUUUCCGGCGACAUGACAUAAAGUCUAAAGCGUUGCCGACCCAGGGUUCCACCUGAGAAGUGAGGACCUCCACCUCAUUCGCCGCGUUUUUUCCUUCUUCGAUCUCUGCAUCCCGCAGCUUGCUUUCAACGAUUUCAUCUUCUUUGUAACUCGUGUUUUUUAGGAAAGGUGUAGUUGAUGUGAUUGAUAGAAAUGUCUUUGAAGAGCAUUGUUCGUGAGAUGAAAGAUGGUAUAGGGAAUAUAUCAAGGAGGGGAACAGAAAGAAAGCAUUGGAGCAACAGAACCCGGUCACAUAUAGUCCCUGAUGUGGCCCUUUCUGAUCCAAUUGAACAAGGACAAUGGGCAAAUUUACCACCAGAACUUCUUUUGGAUAUCAUCCGCAGGGUUGAAGAGAGUGAGGCAUCAUGGCCUGCUCGAUCUGCCCUUCUCUUUUGUGCAUCUGUUUGCAAAUCAUGGAGGGAAAUUACCAAGGAGAUUGUUAAGACUCCUGAGGAAUGUGGUAGGCUUACCUUUCCCAUUUCACUGAAACAGCCGGGUCCCCGUGAAUCCCCAAUCCAGUGCUUUAUUAAACGGGACAGAGCUAAUUCAGUUUAUCGUCUCUACUUUGGCAUGACUCCAUCUGAGGAUGAGAGGGAUAAACUAUUGUUGUCUGCCAAAAAAAUCAGAAGGGCGACAAGCACAGACUUUGUGAUAUCAUUUGUUGCAGAUGAUUUUUCUCGAGCUAGCAAUAUGUAUGCCGGUAAACUGAGAUCUAACUUUCUUGGGACCAAGUUCUCCAUACAUGAUUGCCAACCUCCAAGUGAUGCAGCCAUUCAACAACCUGGUAGUCUCAGUCGGAGAUUUCACGCAAAACAAGUUUCUCCAAGAGUACCUGCGUGCAACUAUAGAGUAGCUACCAUUUCGUAUGAACUCAAUGUUCUUCGUACAAGAGGACCUAGGAGAAUGCAUUCUGCCAUGCACUCUAUCCCCUUGUCUUCAAUCCAGGAGGGUGGCAGUGCUCCAACACCUAAAUCAUUCCCACAAUCUUUUGAUGAGAAGUCAUUUUCUGGACCACUCGCAAUAGCAAAGGAGUCAACCAUGGAUAUCAGCUCCUCUGGCAUUUCAAGGUCAGCAGUGACGGCGACUUCUCAAGAGCUGCUUGUGCUAAAAAACAAGGCUCCUAGGUGGCAUGAACAAUUGCAGUGCUGGUGCUUAAAUUUUAAAGGCCGUGUUACGGUGGCUUCUGUGAAAAAUUUUCAGCUAGUGGCAGCAGUUGAUCCAUCUCACAAUAUACCAGUCGCUGAACAAGAAAAAGUAAUUUUACAGUUUGGAAAAAUUGGAAAAGACAUCUUCACCAUGGACUACCGCUAUCCACUUUCUGCUUUCCAAGCUUUUGCAAUCUGCUUGAGCAGCUUUGACACGAAACCAGCCUGUGAAUGAUUUCAUGCAGAUUGCAAAUCAAGAUAAGCUCCCUUUCUUCUCUUUGGUUGCUUCGUAAUGCUCCAAAUUCAUGUAGAAUCCCUGAGAAAGAAAGUUCUCAACGCAUGGCCCUUUGUAUAAAUGAGAAUAUUCGUUGUGCCAGUUUCUCCAAUAGCAUUCUCAUGUUUACUGUUUCUUUGUACUAAUAUUAUCCUUAAAUCUUUUAAAUUUGUUAA